GCUCUCAGUUUGCCUUUUGCCAUGGCGUCAAUCUUGGCCUACUACGACAACGUCGUCGCGCCCUUCUUUGUCGAGCGCGGCCCGAUCGUCCCGAUUGGGGCCGUUGCGCUCUACCUCGCCUUCUCGGGCCCGCUCUGCCGCCUCCUGGUCUCUCUCUUCAACCUCGAGAUGAGCGAGGCCGACAAGAAGGCGCGCAAGCGUGGCAAGUUUGUGACCGGCCUCUCGAUUGUGCACAACAUCAUCCUCGCGGUCUACUCUGGCUGGACGUUCAUCAACACGGCGCCCAUCUUCUACGCGACGUUCGCCAACCACGGCUUUAUGGGCGCGGUCUGCGACGCCGGCAACACGGUGUGGCCGCAAAUGUCGUGGUGGAUCACGCACUUUUACAUUUCCAAGUACUAUGAGUUCGUCGACUCGUGGAUCGUGUACCUCAAGGGCGACAAGCCGAUCUUCCUCCAGACGUUCCAUCACGCCGGUAUCGUCAUCAUGAUGUACGGCAUGGUCAUCACCGAGAACGCCUUCUCGGGCAUGGUCACGACGACCUUCAACAGCUUCAUCCACACCAUCAUGUACUCGUACUACCUCGCGGCUGUCCUUGGGUACCGGUCGCCGUACGCCAAGUACCUCACGAUGGCGCAGCUCACGCAGUUCCUUGUCGGCAUUUCGAUCUCGAUCCCGUCCUACUUUCGCGCCGGCUGCUUUAGCACGGACGAAAAGUUCUACUCGCUCGCGUCCAUGCACCUCUACACGGUCGCGCUCGUCUUCCUCUUUUACCGCUUCUUCCGCGGCCGCUACAAGAAGGUCGCCAUCAAGAAGACCGACUAAUACCGUUUGUUGCUCUUAAGACCACUCAAUCCAUUCCUCACUGUACGAUUGUAAACGAGA